AUGGGCUGCCUCACUAACCGCAAAAAGAACAUCAACCAACGUGCCGAGCAGAAAUGGGACUACAUCAACCUCAAUGACUUCAAGUCUCGAGGAUGCCUUACACCGUUCGCGUACUUUUACCUCUGGCUCAUGUUGAUCAUUUCCCUCGCUGUCUACGGCGUCGAUAUGUUCACUGCCGUCAACCUGUUGGCAUUUGACCGCUGGUCAUCCGAAAUUAAACCUGCUAUCGACUUCAAAAUAUCGAAAUGGAUCUUCUCCAUUUCCAUCAUCGCCUCCUUUGUCAAUCUCGCCUUUGAGCAAUUCAGGGCCCACCGCGUCAUGAGGCGAGGCAACGUAGCUGAAUGCUACCUCGACACCAUUGCUGUUCGCCUCGAGAGUAUUCGAUUUGGAAAGGGCCAGGGCUGGAAGCGUUUCUUGGUCUUUGCCGAACUCACCAAGAGCAAGAAGGGAGCCGAGUACAUUGCUCUGUUCACCUACUUUAGCUUUCAAUCUUGGAUUCGAGUAUUGGUCUGUUCCGGCCCUCGUCAGGUCGUCAACGCGUUGACUCUCAAGUCUGUGUACGAUGCCAAGCUUGCAGUUCACGAAGUCUCGGUCGGGGGCUCCCUGCUAGGCUUCUUUGACAAGAUUAAGACGCUUGCCACGGAGGACUACCAGCAGGCCCUCAUUCUAUCGGGUAUGCUCUUCACCCUCGUCAUUUGGGUCUUCUCCGCUCUGUACCUCAUCAUGGCCGUCCUCUUCUACGUCUUCUUUCUGUUCCACUGGAUCCCCAAGGCCGACGGAGGCCUCUCAGGCUAUUGUGAGCGCAAGGUCACCAAGGCCCUCAUGAAGAUUGUGACUGUCAAGGUCAACAAGGCGUUGGCGAGACAGGAGGAAGCCAAGAGAAAGGCAGAAAUGAAGGCGGCGAAGAAGAAUGGCGAAAAGAUGCCUCUGGAGCGACAAGCAACUUUGCCGACUCUACCCAAUGUUGGAGACCCAGACAAAUUGUCCGACAUGCCCAUGUUUGGACGCAACGACACCUUUGCGACACUUCCCGCCUACGAGUCUCGACCCGGAACCCCUGGUAGCAUCGAGCUCAACUCCAUGGACCAGAAACGACCCCUUCCCGCACGAAUGGGUACCUCCACUUCCACUGCUAGCUACUCGUCGCGUGCGCCCCUUAUCGGCGGUGCUGCCGAUUUAGGGUACCAGCGCUCAGCUUCACCGGCUCCUACUCUUCCACCCAUGGAUUUGAACAACUACCCGCCUCAGCGACCUGGCACCUCCAACUCCCAGAGGAACUUCCGCCCGCAAAUUUCUCAGUUGCAAACCAACUCACAAGGUUCUCUUCGUGGCGGUUUCUCGGAAAGCCCGUCCACGUACUCUCCGGACCCAAUGCCACCCUUCCCUCCGCCUGUGAGGUCCAAUACUGGCCGAUCGGUGGAAAGCUUCAGGUCGCAGAGACAAAACACCUAUCUGAGUGACCGGCCCACACCGGCAACCAGAGGCACCUAUGAUGACUAUUCGAGUCGGUCCAAUGGACGGGCCAGUCCGGCGCCCUCGUCGUACUCGAGCCGCUCUGCUGCGCCCAUGCCCCGUGGCCCCGGCCCGCUCCACAAUACUCCUUACCAGGCGUACCAGCCAUUCAACCCGCAACGAAGCGUCACUGGCCCGGUUCCUCCCCGAGGCCCGCCGAAUGCUCCCACGCGGAACAUGACGGCACCCGUGCCUCCCCGGCCGCAAGAAGACUACUUCAACCGUCCCGGCACGUCACAGAGCCAGAGACCUAACCCCCGCGGCCCAGGAUACGGCUACUACGACGAUAUGGGAUCCCAGAGGGACCAGCGGUACUAG